AGGGGAAUCACAUUAGUGUUGCAUUUGUCAUCAAACGAAUACGCUGAAGAUCAUUGAGAGUUUGCUGAAUUGUUCAGGAAUACUUUGAAAAAAAAAACUGUUCCAACAAUGUCCUUGUUGACUUCAAAAUGUGCUAUUUGUGAGCAACCUUUUAAUAGUUCCAAAAAUAUCUACUCCACCCGAUGUGGCCACGUCUUUCAUUAUCCCUGUAUAAAAGAAUGGGAGGCGCAAAACGCUGACUGUCCCCAGUGCAAAGCAUAUAAACCCUUUGGCCAUAUUCUCGAUUUAAGUUUCGACGACAAUGUAGAUGUUGAGAAAUUAAAAGAAACCCUUCACGAAACAUCACGCGAAUUGAAGAAAUACCAAAACCUACAUAACGAAACGAGUCUUGCUUUGGCCAAAAGUCGUGCGGCAACGGAAAAGGAAAUCUACCAACUCAAGGGUUUGGUAACAAAACUAAGGCAUGAUAUUGUUUGUCAUGAAAUGGCACAGAAAAAGAAUCGCCAGAAGAUAUGUGCCCUAACUGAGGAAAUCUGUACCAUAGAGGCGUCUUCCGAGCAGACUGUUACCCAUUUAAAGGCAGAAAGCGAUACGCUCAGGGAUAAAUUAGAAAAAUAUUCGACCGAGUUGGCGAUGGAAUUGUCUAAAAAUGAGACAACCAUGGAAACCAACAAAGGAGCCAAACCAAAGAACAGACCAAUGAUUAGAAUCGACUUGACCAAUGAUAAAAUCAAUGAUUUGGAAUUUAGAUUGCAACAGACCACCGAUCAACUGGAAAAAGAAAUUUCCCGAAAUAGUCAACUUGAAAUUGAAAACAUGAAAUUAAAGAAACUAGUUACACUGCUGGGUAUUGAAUGAUACACAAGGAACAAUUUAUGUUAUUUUCUUAA